AGAGCAAUGGAAAUUAGUACAUUUCGAGAAGCAAACGAUUGCUGAAUUUAAAUUCGAACAUUCAGCUUUACAACGACCCAAAAAAUAUUUCCAAAUUUCAAAAUGAAUAAAUCAGUUGGAGUGUUUGUUUUACUGAUAUUGUCAGUUAGUUGCUGUGCGACACAAUCACAAUUUGGUAUGCUGCCGAUGGAACCAAUGGAAUUUGUAGCUUUACAAGCCAUCAACAAUAUGACGGAAACAUCAGCAAAUAUGCCGGAAGAUCUACAACAAGCCCUUGCCCAGUUGCGUGAAACAACGACACAAGGAUUCGAGAACUGUAACGAAAUUCAGACUACCACGAUGCUGGUGUGGCAAUACAAGAAAUGUGCCGCGUUACACUUGCGUAUGGUCACAAUGACAUUAACAGCUAUUCAACGGGAAGCGGACGCUAGAGCUGCACUUUUAGCCAACGAUGCUGAGGUGAUUGAAGCAUAAUGUUUGGUCUGGAUUUGAUGUAGUUCAGUGUUUCAUGUAGUUGACUUAUGGUAGAUAAUAAAGGAUUAGCGAACUGAAA